AUGACCCCGGAACAAGCUGCCCGAAUAAGGGCAAAAAAGGCAGCUACGCUUCCAGACCCAAACCUGGAGGCCUUUGAGAAGAAGAGGCUUGCCCUGCAAAAGGUUGUGGAGGAGGAUCAGAAACGAGCUGAGAAACGAACCAAGGAGGCAGAAGAAAAAAAGCGUCUUGAAGAGAGGAAAACAAAAGGUAAACAUAGUAGUCAGGCAAAGGGUGUGCCAGCCAAAGAAAAGGUUGAAAAGCAGGCAGAGAGCUGUGAGCCAAGAAGUGGUGAACUUGACAAGGUAAAGACAAAGAAGGGCAAGAAAGAGGUUGAAACGGAGAAGGUUGAAGCAAGCAAGGCAUCACAGGCAAGCACAGCACCAGCCACUGCAGCACCAGCACCCACAGCCAAAGAGAAGAAGGAAGUGAAUGAGAAGAAACGGGAUUCAGCAAAAUCUGGCGAUGCAGAUGGAACUAGAAAGGAUGCAAAACCUGUUGAUGUGAAGACGAAGAAGGAAAAGAAGGAGAAGAAAGAGGUUGAAACGGAGAAGGUUGAAGCAAGCAAGGCAUCACAGGCAAGCACAGCAAUGGCCACUGCAGCACCAGCACCCACAACCAAGGAGAAAAAAGGAGAGAAGAAGGUUUCGAAUGAUGCUAAGACGAAGGUCUCCAAGGCCUCUGGUGAUGCAGGUGAACCUGAUGCAAAGCAAGAUGAUGUGACUGGCAAGAAGCAGAAGAAGGAAAAGAAGGAGAAGAAAGAGGUUGAAACGGAGAAGGUUGAAGCAAGCAAGGCGUCACAGGCAAGCACAGCAUCAGGCAGUCGAGCACCAGCACCAGCACCAACAGCCAAAGAGAAGACAGAAGAGAAGAAGGAUUCGAAUGAUUCCACUGACAAGCCCAUGGAAUCCAAGAAGCCUUCUGAAGCACAUGUGAAGACAAAGAAGGAGAAGAAAGAAAAGAAGGAGAAGAAAGAAGCUGAGCCCGAGAAGGUUGAAGCAAGCAAGGCAUCACAGGCAAGCACAGCAAUGGCCACUGCAGCCCCGGCACCCACAACCAAGGAGGAAAAAGGAGAGAAGAAGGUUUCGAAUGAUGCUAAGACGAAGGUCUCCAAGGCCUCUGGUGAUGCAGGUGAACCUGAUGCAAAGCAAGAUGAUGUGACUGGCAAGAAGCAGAAGAAGGAAAAGAAGGAGAAGAAAGAGGUUGAAACGGAGAAGGUUGAAGCAAGCAAGGCGUCACAGGCAAGCACAGCAUCAGGCAGUCGAGCACCAGCACCAGCACCAACAGCCAAAGAGAAGACAGAAGAGAAGAAGGAUUCGAAUGAUUCCACUGACAAGCCCAUGGAAUCCAACAAGCCUUCUGAAGCACAUGUGAAGACAAAGAAGGAGAAGAAAGAAGCUGAGCCCGAGAAGGUUGAAGCAAGCAAGGCAUCACAGGCAAGCACAGCAAUGGCCACUGCAGCACCAGCACCCACAACCAAGGAGAAAAAAGGAGAGAAGAAGGUUUCGAAUGAUGCUAAGACGAAGGUCUCCAAGGCCUCUGGUGAUGCAGGUGAACCUGAUGCAAAGCAAGAUGAUGUGACUGGCAAGAAGCAGAAGAAGGAAAAGAAGGAGAAGAAAGAGGUUGAAACGGAGAAGGUUGAAGCAAGCAAGGCGUCACAGGCAAGCACAGCAUCAGGCAGUCGAGCACCAGCACCAGCACCAACAGCCAAAGAGAAGACAGAAGAGAAGAAGGAUUCGAAUGAUUCCACUGACAAGCCCAUGGAAUCCAACAAGCCUUCUGAAGCACAUGUGAAGACAAAGAAGGAGAAGAAAGAAAAGAAGGAGAAGAAAGAAGCUGAGCCCGAGAAGGUUGAAGCAAGCAAGGCAUCACAGGCAAGCACAGCAAUGGCCACUGCAGCCCCGGCACCCACAACCAAGGAGGAAAAAGGAGAGAAGAAGGUUUCGAAUGAUGCUAAGACGAAGGUCUCCAAGGCCUCUGGUGAUGCAGGUGAACCUGAUGCAAAGCAAGAUGAUGUGACUGGCAAGAAGCAGAAGAAGGAAAAGAAGGAGAAGAAAGAGGUUGAAACGGAGAAGGUUGAAGCAAGCAAGGCGUCACAGGCAAGCACAGCAUCAGGCAGUCGAGCACCAGCACCCACAGCCACAGAGACGCAGGAAAAGGAAAAGGAUAACGUGUCAAAGAGAUCUGGUGAACCAGCUGCAUCUGGACAGGGUGCUGAUGCGAAGAACAAGAAGCAGAAGAAGGAAAAGAAGGAGAAGAAAGAGGUUGAAGAUGAGAAUGCAGGAAAAGAUGAACCAUGUACAGCUCUGUGCAUCCUUGGGCAAGCCCGUCCACUGGUGAACACAAGCUUGGCGUCAACGGAGGGAACAAAGAGAAAGCAGGUUCAGGUGACAGGAGAAGAGGAGCCACAGAAGAAAAGAAAAGGUGAUGAAGAGAAGGUGAAUGAUAAGAAAAGACCGGCCUCAGCAUCGCCUUCCACGAAACCAGAGAUGCUCAAGGAACGAACAUUGACACUGGCUAGCAUUGACUUGGGAGUCUCAGAGUCCAAUUUCUCCAGCCCGCGCCGAAUGUUGGAUUUUGAAGAGGAUCCUACACCAGGAAGCAGUGAAAGGAAGGAGCGUCGUAAAAAUCUCACUGAGGAGGAGAAGGAAAAGAUAAUGUCAAUGCAAAAACCCAGUGAGAUGCCAUACGAUGAUACUCGAAAGAAAGAGGCAAUACGCAGCAAUGAGGUCACGAUGUUUCAGCUUGAGAAGAUUUAUGGAAAGAGUACAGAGGCCAAAGCCUUCAUCCAAGAGCUUACCAAGGGACAGGCUGGAACUCCUCACCCACAGGCGCCAUCGUCGCGCAAAGCUAGGAUGUAUAAGAUUUUGAAAGAGGUGAUGGAAGACCACCAAACGGGAUCAACAGCCACAACCUCUGCAAGCUUGUCUGGACGUGUCCGAGACGGAGCUGCCAAGCAACUGCUUGCAAAGCAGUUGCAAGGGUUACAUGGAAACCUCCCGGAAUUCAUGAACCUUACCACUGGGCAGAUUCGGUCCAAGAAAGCGAAGAAAGAAAAAACACCUGCCCAGGAAGCAAUGGCUGAAAUGAAGAAAAUGCACAAAAAGUUGAAGCAGAUCGUCAAUGAGCUUCCCAAAUGCAUACAGGACAUCGAGGACUAUGGGGUCAGAAACUGCAGUGAACUGGUGGCUGCUUUGGAUGGUCACCGUGAACCAGCCCUUGAAGAGUUCGGAGUGGUGAACACUCUUAUCAACACACCACUGUCGGAUGUGGACCCUCAGGACUUCAAUGUGAAACUUGAGGCAUCGAAAACCAAAGCCGCGGUGAUUUUGGGUGACUUAAAUGAUGGGAAACGCAGGGUCAAUGCUGCUAAGGGACCCAAGAAAAAGAAACAGGUCCAGUCCCGUGCUGAGGAGUCCAGCAUAGCAGAGGAUUCCGACUGA